AUGUACAUCCCUCCCUCCAUCUCUUGGAUUCUGAUUCACUUUCUUGGAUCUGAUUUCACUCUCUGAAACUCAGUUUCUGAUGCUUCUCUCAGCUCAAGAGUAAUUUUAUUUUUAAACUACUUUCUCUUUUUUUUCUAUUUCCAUAGAAGAAACUCAAGCAAGGAUGCGUCCUCAUAGCUCACUGAAGCAAGAGUUUCUCAAGAAAUGGAUAAUGGGUCUCCAAAGAUGUAGCUUUUCAAAGAAGAACAUGAGCAUCUUGGAGAGAAAAAAGGCCAUAAAGUUUUCAGCUGAUAUAGCCAUGGCGUCUGCUAGGAACGGCACCACUUGUUGGAGUCGUUCCCUCAUUUCCAACGCUUCCAAAGAAGGUUCCGACAUUCACGUAGUGGAACAAAUAUUGGGUUCGGAAUCUGACAGGCCAGCCGUGGAGAACAAGGUGCCGACGAGACGGGCAUCGGUGUGCAAGAAGAUCGUGAAAAGGAGUUGCCGAAUACGAAGAAGAAGAAGAAGAAGAAAAUGUGUAGCGUCAGCCCCAAGCUCCAUUGCGAAACAUCUGGUGAGGAAAAGAAGAGAGGUUUUGAAAAGUCUAAUACCAGGAGGGGAAUUUAUGAAUGAAAUCUGUUUGAUUGAGGAAACUCUAGACUAUAUUACAUCUCUCAGAGUUCAAGUUGAUGUAAUGCGAAGUCUUGCCAGUGCUUCAGUAAGAGCUAGUGAGUGAACCAUAAUUAUAAGAGCAUCAAUGGUGAACUGUCAUUUGCUUUUCUUUUUCAGUACAUCUUUAUUUCCCUUCUUCUUUUGUUUUCUGUUUGGACCCGUUUGUCUAAAUCAAAGGAAAAUGGAAGCUGGAAAAGCUGAAGCAUCCAUUUACAGAC